AUGACAGAUGGUAUGAAUAGAUUUAGUGUGUGUCUUCGAAGUAAGAUUUGUAGUUGUGGAAGGUUUCAACUUGAUGAGAUACCAUGUGGACAUGCUUUGGCUGCUAUAAUGUACAGGCACCAACAUGGAGAGGACUACUGCUCUGCCUACUACAGCAAUAAAAAUUUCAAAGAUACAUAUGCCAUACCAGUGGAACCUCUUCCAUGCGAGAGUACACGGGAGAUACCAUUUGAUGUGUUAGAACAAAUUGUUUUACCACCAGAUUCUAAAAGACUUCCAGGGAGACCAUCGUUGAAGAGAAUGAAACCAUUUUAUGAGGUGAAAUUUAAGAGGGCAAAGAUGACAUGUAGCAAGUGUGGCAUAGAAGGACACAACAAGAAGACAUGUAGUAAUUUGCCCAAAUGA